UUUUAUUGAAUCACAGGUUUGACCACAGAGGGCAUCUACCGAGUCAGUGGAAACAAAGCGGAGAUGGAAAGCAUGCAGCGGCAAUUUGACCAAGACCACAACUUGGACCUUGUGGAGAAAGAUUUUGCCAUCAACACAGUAGCAGGAGCCAUGAAGGCCUUCUUCUCGGAGCUACCUGACCCUCUGGUGCCCUACAGCAUGCAGGGAGAACUGGUGGAGGCCUUCAAGAUCAACGAUCGGGAGCAGCGCUUCCAGGCCAUGAAGGACGUUCUACGCCACUUCCCCAAGGAGAAUUACGAGGUCUUCAAAUACGUCAUCAGCCACUUGAACAAAGUCAGCCAGCACAACAGGGUCAACCUGAUGACCAGUGAGAACUUGUCCAUAUGUUUCUGGCCCACGCUGAUGAGACCGGACUUCACUACCAUGGACGCCCUGACCGCCGCCCGCACCUACCAGACAAUCAUUGACAGUUUCAUCCAACAGUACGGCUACUUCUCCUCAACCAGCGCUUGUUGA